AUGGGUCGCGUUCGCACCAAGACCGUCAAGAAGUCCGCCAAGGUCAUCAUUGAGCGGUACUACCCCAAGCUCACCCUCGACUUCGAGACCAACAAGAGGAUCUGCGAUGAGAUUGCUAUUAUCGCCUCGAAGCGCCUCCGCAACAAGAUUGCCGGCUACACCACCCACUUGAUGAAGCGUAUCCAGCGUGGUCCUGUCCGCGGUAUCUCCUUCAAGCUGCAGGAGGAGGAGCGUGAGCGCAAGGAUCAAUACGUUCCUGAGGUUUCCGCUCUCGACUUCACCCAGAACUCCGACAGCGGCCAGCUCGACGUCGACCAGGAGACCAAGGAUCUCCUUAAGAGCCUGGGCUUCGACUCCAUCCCCGUCAACGUCGUUCCCGUUGCUCAGCAGCAGGUUGCCGAGCGCCCCCGCCGCUUCGGCGACCGCCGCCCCGGCCAGUAA